CGGGCUGCGCCACUGUCCAAUGUACGCUAUCUACGAGAGCCUAAAAGCACCAGCCAUUGGUUGCUUCGUGUAAGGAAAGAAAGUUGCAAGAGACACCCACUUACUCCUGUGUAUAUUGUGUCCACGGUCAAUAUAUCAGCAAGCUCGUCGUAAAGUGUUACAUCCGCCUAAGUCAUCGGCAAGAUGAAGCUACGAGCAGUUGUCUUCGUAUUUGGCAGUCUGCUAGCGGUCGUAUCUGCUGGGUGCAGGGAAGAGCACAGGUUUGCUGUGGCUUUCACGUGCGGUUACACGUUGAGAGAAGAUCCUGACCAUCGUGCCGUUGCCGAGCAGCUAGAUGCAGUGGACCUGUCAGAUCCGGCAAAAGCCAGGGCAGUCUGCUGUUAUCUGAAAGCAGCAGAGACGUGUCUGAAGGACGGCCUACAGGGAGAAUGUUCAUACGCUGCUGAUGAACUACUCCAAGAGUGGCGAGUUCAGAUGAAAGCCGGCGAUCUGUCUUGCGUCGGCAAAUGUUAAGGAGCGAAAUGUACGAAUAUCCCACGGAACUACACCCGCGAAGGCAUGUUGUACGAAAUAAAUCAUCAUAAAUUAUCAUA